UGCCGAGUCCAAUACUUAGAACAGAACAUUUUGCCCGUGGAUUAAAACACAUUUCUCCUUAUUCCAUGCUCGUAUUGACUGUGCAUAUGCGUGUUAACAAUUUCAAUUGCGCUAAGGUUUUCGUAGAGUUCAGUUGAUUUUAUUGUAGAAUUUUUUAAAAAGUUUUUCUGUUACAAAAAGCUGUUCAGUUGAAGACAGAUUAUUUAUCCAUAAUUUUAGAGCCAUUCACACAUUAGUCUAGUGUUGCAUAUUGUACAGUGAAUUUGUUUAUUUGAUAAAAUAAAAAAUUGUUUGAAUUUUCAACCGCUCCUGUGAGCUUGACUGGUGUACCCUUCGUAUUAUAUCAAAUUCGUUGAACGAAAUCAAAUUUAUCAAAACACUAUGACUGAAAUAACUGAAACCCCAGCUGCUCAAGCCCCAGAGGAGAAAAAGCCCGAAGACGAAAUUAAUGCCGAAGAAGCGACAAAUGGCAACCAUAACGGUGAAUCCGAAACGAAUGGAGAUGCUCAAGAAGAGUCUGGCGAGAAAACAGAACCACCGAAGGAAAUGCGAGCCAUUGUUUUGACCAGUUUCGGUGGAUUCAAGGGAUUGAAAGUGUUGAAGAAACCGGAGCCAGCACCUCAGGCUGGUGAAGUGUUGAUUCGUGUUAAGGCUUGUGGUCUUAACUUCCAGGACGUGAUCGUCCGACUUGGUGCCAUCGAUUCGCCACCAAAGACCCCAUGCAUUUUGGGCUUCGAAUGCGCUGGCGAAAUCGAAGCUGUCGGCGAAGGUGUUACCAAUUUUGAAGUCGGAGACAGAGUCGUUGCAUUGCCUGAAUUCAAAGCCUGGGCCGAAUUGGUUGCCGUUUCUGAAUCGUAUGUGUACAAAAUACCAGCCAAUAUGACGUUCACAGAAGCAGCAGCAAUUACCCUAAACUAUUUGGUUGCACACAUUUUGGUCAACGAUUUGGCUGUCGUUCGUCCCGGAAACAGUGUCUUAUUGCAUUCGGCUGGCGGUGGCGUUGGUCUUGCUGUUGCUCAAUUGUGUAAGCUUGUCGGCGAUGUGACGCUCUUCGGAGUGGCAUCUAAGGCCAAGCAUGAAACUCUGGAACCGCUGGGAUUGAUCACAAAUUUAUUGGAGAGAAACGGCGACUACUUGAACGAAGUCAGAAAACUUACACCACAAGGUGUCGAUAUUGUUCUCGAUUGUCUUUGCGGUGAAGAAUGCAACAAAGGAUAUAGCCUGUUGAAACCGAUGGGAAAAUAUGUUUUGUACGGUUCAGCCAAUGUGGUUACCGGAGAGACAAAGAGUUUCUUCAGCGUUGCACGUUCUUGGUGGCAAGUUGACAAAGUUUCACCAAUUAAGCUGUUCGACGAAAACAAAAGCUUAAUGGGAUUCAAUUUGCGUCAUCUGUUGUACCAACAAGGUGACUUCGGUGCAUCGUACGUCCGUGGAACGGUAGAAAAAGUUUUUGCUUUGUGGAACGAAGGUAAAAUUCAGCCUACCGUGGACACUACAUGGGCAUUGGAAGAUGUCGCAGAUGCUAUGCAAAAGAUGCACGACCGGAAGAACAUCGGAAAAUUGAUUUUGGAUCCGGCACAAACACCCAAACCGAAGCCAGCUACACCAGCCAAAGGUAAAUCCAAGGAUAAGAAACAAGUCAUCGAAGAGAAGAAUGGUGAUAAGGAAAGAAAGACUGACGGCGACGCAGAGGCUGAAGAAAAGAAGGAUGAAGAAAAAACCGAAGAGAAUGGAUCCAAUGGGGAUCAAGCAGCGGAUGAGAAAUCUGCUUCAACCAAUGGCGAAGAUAAGCCAUCGAGUUGAACACGUUAAGCAUUCACUUUCGGAAGCUUAGGCGUAGCCCGCAUCAUAAAAUAAUGUAAAAAAUUGGAUUCUGUUUUUGUUUACAAGAAAGAAAAAAGAAAUUUUUUUUAAUUUUAAUCCAACGUGAAAUUGUCAUAAGUGAAACAUUUGUCUUGAAAUUUCUUUCCUUUUUUAUUUUUAAAUUAAAAUUCUGUGCAAAACCGUAAUGCAUUCGUCCAGAGAUAAUAAUAUUUCUAGGAAUUGAA